UUAAUUAUGUGUUAGAUAUAAUCCCUAAUAAGAAUGUUAUCUAAGUUGAUCAUCUGGAACAAAUGGUGCAUGCAACCAAUAUGCUUAAAUUUGGAAUUCGGUUACAGUUUAAACAUGAACUGAGAAAUUAUCAAAAUUAUUUAUGCCUGGUACAUAAAUUAUGGCUUGAAUAUAAGUACAUUCACAAACUAUCUCACAAACGUUAGUUCUUUUUUUUUAAUUUACUUUUAUAUGACACAGCAAUGUGUAAAAGUUUCUAACGAGAAACAAUAUCCUACAUCUAUGUUUCAUUUACAACAAAUGACAGAUUUAGUUAAACGAAAUGUAUUCAAUUUGGUAAUCAGGACUCUGAGAUGAUUUUGAUAAUGUGCUGUAAAGGUAGCAUUAAAAAUAUUGCGAUCAUAUCACUUUUAAAGGACCGUUUUAAUUAUCUGUACUAUAAAUUGCGAAUAGUUAAAGGUCUUAAAAUGCACAUCGCUACAGACGGUCAACUACCAGUGUGCUUGGGCCAUGUUAAAUAAGUCACUGCAUUACAGACAUUGCCCUCCAGCUGAGUUUUAUAAAUUGCGCUUGCCGAAUCUUGUUCCCUUGUUUCGCAAGUACCCAAGUACCAAGAGAUUGGCUUUGAAGUAAGAUAAUAGAUAUUUUUCAUACAGAGUCGAGGUCUAUUUAACCCUGGGUUUGCGUAAUUGUGUUUUACAUUUUUGACCAAUUUAUUAUUCGAGAACACAUUUGUAGUCUACGAAACGGGCAAUAAUUUUAAAGACAGGAACACAAUGCAUCUAUUUUAAAGAUGGGAAGAAUGUAUAUUUUCUUAGGUUUAAUGAAGGCAUUCCUAUGUGUGAUCAUCAUUCAAACAGUGGAGAGUAUCUCCUAUACCCUGACCCAGGGAGAUACACGCUCUAUUUCCUGCUCCUCUUCACAGUACAUCGACAUCACAUACGGAAGAUAUUACUGUUGGUAUAGUGGAUCAACUGUCACCUCAAAGAUUCGAACAAACUGUAACUACAACUAUUACUGCACCAUAAAAGCGCAAAAUGCAUGGCUAGAUAUCAACCCAUGUUCCGGUACAACAAAAACUCUUACGUGGACUUAUUACUGCAGGUCAAUUUGGGGAAGCUGGGGAUCUUGGUCCUCUUGUCCUGGAGACUGUACCACCCACAACCUUGUCCGGUACAGAAGCUGUGUCAAACCGAAUGGAGGGUGUGGAUCAGCCCCAGCGGAUUAUAUCGCUUGUAAAAGACUCGGAUGUUACUCUUCGUCAGAAAUCAGCAGAAGUACCCCCGAUAACAAGGUGUACUAUAGCCUGACCACCGACUGUUUCGUGGCCACAGGAAGAACGUCCGUUGCCUUUAGAGGAAGGGCAAACAAUGAUCUUCAUAUCGCGUUGGGAAGUGUAGACAGCGUAACCAGCGGUACCCAUUACGAAUUCAUUAUCGGAGGGUGGGCUAACACCCGAUCUGAAAUUAGAUUCCAAAUUGAUUCUGGGACAUGUGUUUCUUAUAGUGGAUCUGUUUUUAGCCAAACAUAUUUCGACGAAUUUUGGAUUUCUUGGAUUGGAAAUUAUAUCCGUUUCGGAACAGGGAGUAAUCCAGGGAGUAAUGUUCUCAUGAGUUGCUAUCAUUCGACUCCAUACGACGUCAAUUUUAUCUGGAUUAGGUCAGGAUGGGGCUCCACAGGCGAAUGGAGAUUCCCAAAUGAUGUUGCAUGCAAACACGUUACUAAUUCCGAUGUCAGCAUUACCACAGAUGACACAUCCUGCAACGGAAGGAGUUACUACGCUUGUAACUCUGGAUACAAACAGGUCGCAGGAAACACACAACGUACAUGUGGAUUUGGCGGAAUUCUGUCUGGGUAUCCACUUGUCUGCUCUGUUUCGACAUGCAAAAUCGACAUAGUGUUCAUCGUUGAAGCUUCGGCCUAUACUUCCUCGAUUCAUUCAGCAUUAAUGGCAGCUAUUGGCGAUUUGGCGGGAAGUCUACAAAUUUCAACAAGUAAUAUUUUAGCUGGAGUCAUUACAUAUGACGAUACUGUGGACCUAAACAUCGACCUCGAUGACUACUACUACUCCGCUUCGACACUGGAUAGCUCCAUUACAUCAAUACCAAUAUCAAACGCCGCAUCUACCGUAAACCUGGCUGAAGCUCUGCGAGUUGGAUUUUACGACUUUUUCACAUUAUCCAAAGGAAACAGAUUCACAGCUUUCAGACAUUUCGUCGUGAUUGCGAAAACAUAUUCUUCACAGACAGGUGCCACAGUGGCUGAUCAAAUCAGAAUGAACCUAAGAAAUCAACUCUUUACCGUUGGUAUUUCUCCGUCUGCUUCAUUAAUCACCGAUUUAAAAGCAAUCGCUGGUGACGAUAGCAGACACUUUGAAGUUAGUUCUCCAGAUGAUUUGUAUACCAAAUUCAACAACAUUCUUCAGAAAAUCGCUGUUUGUCCCGAUAUAACCUUUGAGCCUAUGACAGUUGAAUGUGAACUGGAUAUUGUGUUCAUCGUAGAAAGAUACAACUUACGAUACACAAAAAGAUUCCUAGCGGAGUUAAUGGACAACAUAACUAUUUCAAGUACUGGCAUUAAAGUCGGUAUGGUUUUAUUUGAUUCUGGUGCGUCAACUGUAUUUAGACUAAACUCUCAUACUUCCUCUGAAUCUGUUCGAGAUGACAUAGAAAAGAUUUCAGAGACGAAUCAUACCGAUCAUUUGGUAGACAAAGGGUUGAUAGAAGCCCGGGACAAUGUGUUUACCUCCACUGGGGGAGAUCGUACGGAUGCCAGUAACUACUACGUGAUUAUUGUCGGACCAUUCGAAAGUUAUCCGGAAGCUGUAGCAAAGGACAUAAGGAGUAGUGGGAGCAACUACAUCUUUUCAAUUCAUAUUGGUAACCAGUACCAAACCGAAUACCAGAAGGCCGUUGAUACAUGUGGAGACUACACCAAAUACACAAAUGUUGAUUCUUACGAGAAUCUGAUUAACAUUAAAAAUGACAUCCUUCAAAAAAUCACAUCAUGCGAGAGCGUAAACAUAACCAUCCCAGACUGUCCAUUAGACAUUGUUUUCAUCAUGGAGGAUACAGAUGAACUAAGUGCUACGGAAUUUAACGACAUGAAAAGCUUUUUUGUGAGUUUGGUGUCCCGUAUGACCAUUGGAGACACUGCAAUUAAGAUAGGGGUUGUGACUUACGCUGAUGGGGCCACCACUGUUUUCCCGUUGAACCAGUACUCUACAGCCAAUGGAGUCAUUAUGGGAAUCACUAACAUUAACCAGGGAAGUAAUGCCUACAACAGGAGCAGCCGUUACGUGGAUAGAGCCCUGAAAUAUAUUCAGAUGGAAUUCUUUACCACAGGGAAUGGGGACCGUUCUAACGCCGCCAACUACUACAUCCUUCUGACUGGUGGACCGUCUGCCGGAAAUAAAGCUGCUGCAUUUGGAUCGGCAAUUAGAUCUAUAGCCUCCAGUAAUAUAUUCAUUGUCGGUGUAAACAUUUCCUCGAGUGAUGACUCUGAAUUUCUUGAUACUGUGGAUGACGACAAAUACCUGAAGGCCGUCAACUUUUCUGUUCUUCAAUGUAUCAACGAUGUGGUCGUUCCCAAUAUCACUCAGUGUCCAGACUCGGUCACCCCGGCUAGUUUAGUCUCUCCAAGUUGCCAACUUGAUAUCGUUUUUAUCAUGGAAAAAACAGAAACGUCUUCCCAUGAGAACUACGUGUUCCUGAAAAGUUUCUUCUCCAACAUAGCACUACAGUUGGAUGUAUCCAGUAGCACUAUACGUAUUGGAGUCGUUACGUACGACACAGAUGCGUACACAACAAUCGCCCUAGAUACCUACAUGACACCUACAGAUAUCAGCUACCAGAUUCUGAAAUUACCGGAAGGUACAGGCAAAAGAAACAUGAUCGACAAAGCUUUGAUUCACACCAAAAAUAACUUCCUUACAGCAGCUAAUGGAGACCGUGCGAGCGCUGCUAAUUAUUACGUGUUCGCCAUAGACGGAGUAAGAAGUGGUGCCUCUAUCCAGGCGGAAUAUAUUAUGAAAGGAUGGCCCAGCACAGUGUUUGCUAUCGAUAUUAACAGUGGUUAUGAAAAAGAGUAUAGAAGAACAGCGGGGGUUAAUAGUCGAUAUUUUUAUGCAUCUUCUUAUGCGAAUUUAUCCGCCAUCGAGUCUGACGUCAUCGCAGCCAUUACGAAAUGUCCUGUGCCACAACCAGUGACGACAACUGACGGUUCUCUCAUGUUCGCUGAUGUCUCUGCUCCUUGCUUAAACAGUCUCAUCUAUCUUUACCCGGAAGACCUUACAGAAGGAAAAGACGGCGGACAAAAUAUGAUGUACUUGAUGACUGAUUUUGUGUAUACCAUAACAAGUUGUUCCCGCAUCACUUCAUGGGAAUUCUCCCAUUGGAAAUCUGGAUACAUUGACUUCAUGGUCUGGAGGCCAAGUGGUAGUAAUUAUAAACUGGUGGCUUACAACACUAUCUAUGUUUCAGGUAAAAAUACUACAACAUACACGGUGGUUGAGUACGAGAGGAUUGCUGUUCUAGAUGGUGAUCUGAUCGGGUGGCGGAGCAAGGGAGAUAAUUUAGUUACAAGUGGGCCAUGUUUAGGACCAUGUGCGGAGGGAUACAAAGUGACACCAAACAAUGUUCAAAUCGGAGAGGAGUUCGAUUGGAAAAACUCGGGCACGUCGAUCAAUGGAACUGCAUAUGCUAUUAAAGCAUGCCUAGAAGACAAUACAGCAAUAUCAUUUUCUACAUCGACAAUCAGCGCAAAGAUACCUGACCACUUACCUGUCGGAUCUUUUGUGACGUUACUGGAGCCAGACGGUGCAGACUACGCUGAAGUCGUUAAUUAUACCGUCUUGCAACACUCCUCAUAUUCAAAUUCUAUGGAAUAUUUCACGGUGGACGAAACAUCGGGCCAAAUAACAGUGGCUAAAAGAUUCCUGAAAGCCAAAGUGAAGAGUGACUAUGCCUUCCUUGUCAGGGCUAAAGAUUCUUGUAAUACCACUGCAACGGCGACAGUUUCUAUUCAAACACAGAAUAUGCCCCCUGAAGUCCUUGGUAUGCCAAACGUUAUCUCCAUAACCGAGGAAACUGAGGGAGAUGCAAAAUUGUACACAACAAUUGUUGAAGAUCCCAGCGGGGAUAGCGUUUGCUGUUCAUUAGAGAGUACGUUACCGAAGACGAACAAUUUUGUGGUUUUCGGCAAUGACACAGGAAUCCGUGUCAAUUAUUCCGUCAUGGCCAGCGAAUCACCUGCAUUUUCUUACAGACAAUAUAAUUCUUACAUCGUAAAGUUAUGUUGUGACGACGACGAAGAUAAAUCUACCGGGGUACUUAUUGUCAACAUCAAGAAACCCAACAAAACAACAACGUAUGAGCCACCAGGGUGGUUCAUGCUCUCAAUAGGAAUAUCCUGUGUGCCUAUUUUCCUCAUGGCAUUGAUGGCGUGUGUUGUGCUCAUCCAAACUAUGUUUGUACCAGAAGAAUUGAAGAAAAAAUAAAUGACUUUCCACCUCUUAAUAUACAGCUUAAUUUGAAGCAUCGGUAUUCAGAUUCUUCUCUCAUUUUUGUUUAUAUUGAUUAUUUUCUUAUUUCAUAUUUAGCAAAUGUAUACAUUGACAUCGUGUGAGUUGUGUUACACUUUUGUCUAUAUUUCUAUGAAAUAUAUAAUUAAACUGCUUUUAUCAUAUUAAAAGUCUAACCAGAUAGAUAUGGUAAAUACUAAUUAAAUAUGUCAUGACAUGAUAGUACCAAAGUUAAUAUUAUGUAUUGUCCCUCCAUUUACAUAAAAUGUUCAAUAACAUAU